CCACGCUCCUUACCCUAUAUCCCUCUAUCUCUCUCUCUCUUUCUCUCGGUGCCUGGACCUCUGCCUUGAAGCUGAGGGAAGAGUGGACAGACUAAGGGGAUUGUGACGUUCUGUUGGAUUCCAUAAAAUUCUUAAGGAGGAGAGGGUGAAGGUCACCACUGGCAGGAGGAGGCAGUGCUUCAAUAUGGCCAUGGCUCUGGAGAGCUUCACUGAGUUACUGCACAGGCUGAAGGACCUUCACGAGAGAGAGACUGAAGGAUGGCAAGAGAAGGUUUUGGAGCUGACCAAUCAGAAAUGCUGCAGCGAUACAAAGAGAAUGGAGGAGCUUUUCAACAAGAACCAGCUGCUACGAGAGCAACAGAGGCUCCUGACAGAGAACAUUAAACAGCUGGAAAACAGGUUGAGGGCAGGCCUGUGUGAUCGGUGCACGGUCACUCAGGACGUCGCCAAGCGGAGACAGCAGGAGUAUGAAAACUCACAGAUCCAGAGUCUCCAGCACAUCACUGUCCUUGUGAAUGAGAUGAAUGCUCUCAAGAAGGAGAACAGGAGGCUGCAUGAUGAAGUCAAGAACUUGCGAGGGGUGCUUGAUGGUCAGAGCAAUCAGGAUUCAGUGGCUCCUGCCCCAGAUGUCAGUCAGUCACCAGACCCUUCACACUCUGCAAUGGCUUUAAAUGCUUUGGCCAUGAAAGGCAGCAAGCAGCCACAAGGGGGCACCACACUUGGCCUGCCGAUGGUGAAACGUGACCCAGACCACAACGGAUGUGCCACUGAAGAAAAGCUGCCAGUAUACAGGAAGCAACAGAGUUGGAAUGGACAUGAAAGUCAAAUGGUACACAAGCUCCAUAUUCCUGCUCCCAUCUCCACAGGACAGAGGGCUGAACAGAAUACUGUCCGGGGACCUGUAGCUGGAGAGAAGAGAGUGCGCAGUGUGGACUCUAUGGAGCCACGGGCCUCCCCCAGCAUGCCUUCUCUCCCCUCUCCUUCCCCCCUGGUCUUCUUGAAGAACCUCCCUUAUUCCUCCUCUGCACCUGCUCCUUCUGCCAUGGUGCAAGAGAAGCCUGUUCGUAACCUGCUCCAUGCUCCGGUCCCGUACCGGCCCCGACCCAUUAAGACAGCCCGCCUCUCCUUGCCCUGGACCCUGCAGGAGCAGCCAGACUGGGCUUCCCUUGGGUCCUUGUGUGGCAUUGGGGUUGGGCCCCAUCAGACACCCCAUUUAUCGGAAAACAACAGGGGUUUGCUGCUAGCAAAGGACCUGAACCAGAAUGGAAAGAGAGGCGUGGAGCUGCUUAGGGCUGAUAGAGGUGCACCCCAGCUCCACGGCGCCGCCCUUCCUUUGAAGAGGGCCAUGCCAGCAGAGCAGGCAGAGAGGAAAGACAAGGCAGAGGAGAGAGGGCCAGUCUGGUGGAAAUCCAACAUGAGGCAACCGGAAAGGAUAUUUGGAGAGAAUCUGCGCGAUAGUGAGACAGAUGCACCUCUCGACCUCUCCGACCCUGGCAAGGGCAAGAUUGCUGAGCAUCAGCAGUUUUAUGAGGCCACUCCAGCCAUGCUGGAACAGGGUAUUAAAGAGGAAGAGCAGUCAUCUGGCCGGAUGGACACGCCGCCCCACACAUCAACAGGCUCCUCCUCUUCCUCCUCGUCACCAGUGGUGCACAGCUCUCCUUCCUCUGCCUGCUCCACUAGCAGUGCGCAGCAGGAGCAAGGACAACACACACAGGAGCAAGACACGCUGGACCAAGAUGAAGCAAUGGAAGGCAAACAGGAUUUGAAUUUGGAACUCAGUGCUAACACAGUGGAAAAGAAAGUACCAGCUCUGACUAUCUCUCUUCAUCCAGUGGUUGUCCUGGAGGCACUGAAGCCAGGAGCAGAGAAGAAGGAUUCAUGUGAUGGUGAGAUGGGCCUGGAGCUCCCUACAGAGAACAAACUGGAGGGGCAAUCGGAGGAUGGUCUGUCCUCUUUUGAUAUGAGCCAGAAUGCCAAACGGAAGACAAGAGGGCAGUUCACAGGCAGAGAAGUAACAGCCCUACGGCCUCGAUCUCCCAAGGAAAGGAGAGUAAAGUUGAGCCCUGGAUGGCAGGGGAAAACAAACAGUAUCCUGGAGCAGAGCUGAGGCCCCCAACUGUACGGCCAGAUGUGCGUAUGACGAGGACCUGUCACUAUAUAGAUGAACUCUGACCUCUUCAAAUGCUUCAAAUGCUCAGCUGAACACCUGUGCCCACUGGAAGACUUCUUUACAAGCAUCCAUCCAUCAUCUGACUAACGUGGGAAGAGGGCUGCCCACGAACUAAAGGAAAUAAUAGUCACUACUGAAAAUUCUCUCAAUGGAAACCUUCCCAGAGAAGCUCAGCAUUCUGCUGCUGUCGUUAUUGACAAGGAGGACUCUGGGACCAGUAUCUAUAUCCCAUAAGGAAGAACCUACACAGCUAAGAGGAAUGCACGGAAAAAGAAAUCCUUCUUGUGGCUUUAAGCACUUUUGUGUUGCAGCCCCAAAGAAGCAUUGGGUUGCACUUUUUUUGCCUGUCAUGUGCCCCCUCUUCAUGGAAUCAUUCUGUCCAUUUGACACAAAUGUACUGCUGUUGAAUUACAAAGCUCUGACAGUGCAUAGACUCUGAUGAGAACUUUGAUGAGAACAUGUGUGUUAAUAUUCAAAAUGACCAAAUAAUUGAGAAACUGUCUCGGGGCUUUCUUCCCCUUAUGGUUUUUGGUGGAAGUACAUAUUUUGCAAUUACUGAGCUGCCACAUGCAGCUUCGGUGGACUGCAUACACUGUAGGGGACGGGUGGGGAAGCAGGUAUUUCCUUUUAAAAGCUGUAAAUAUAUAAUAAAUCCACACAUCCACCUUUCCACAAAAUACACUCAUAUUUCAAGCUUACAUAUUACAGUUGCUGCAAUAAGUUCAUAAUACAUGAUGCCAUUCUCAGCAUGACAGUAAAAAUGCCCUUGAAAAUGCUCAGAUUUUCUCUUAGAGACUGUCAUCAGAUGCAGGGAGAAUUACCUCCAAACAUCCAACCAUUCAACAAUCAUUUCUGGACGUCACACAGGUUGUUGCUGGGCCUGACAGUCACAUCAUAUCCUUUCCCAGCAGUGUGGAAACCUUGUCUGUAGUAAUGCAGAAUGAUGAAAGUGGAGGGAUUGGCAAUACAACAGAAGGAGAACACACAGCUUUCAAAACGAUGAAAAUAAUAAAAAAGGAAAGGAGAGAGAUUGUCCCCCUCCACACACACACACACACAUGCAUAUUCCCAUAUGAACCUUGGAUGUUCAUAGACGAUUAGAUCCUGAUCAUUUAUUUUGGGAAUGUUAAACAGAUACGCUUUUCCAUAAUUAAAUGGAUAUGUCGAUUUAAUAAUCCAAAAACAUGAGCAGAUUGAUAUUUAAUUAAUGUGGAAGUUUUAGCUAGCACUGGGGUAGCAUUAUGUAACUGUGGUAGUGUUCCACCAUGGCUAUUGUCACUUCCUUUGAUGUGGAGAUGACAACAUGUCAAGCAGAUACCGUUAGGUUGUAGCAGCACUUAGGUAAAUGUGGUGUGGUAAAGAAUUUGUUGCAAAAUCACUACUUACGUAUGUUAACCUUUGAGGGAAUUUGAGGAUAACAAUGUGUUUUAAGUGCCUUUGUAGAUUCUCAGUUCAAGUCUGAUGGACAUGGCAAAAUAACCUAGAAGUUGAUGAAAGUAAUUGUGACAUAAAAUGGCUUAAUGUUUAAAUUUUAGUAAAUACCAUCAGUCAUCCAAAGAUAUCAAAUAUGGUAUUUUAAAAUUUUAUGUAGGUUGCUUUUAGAAAUCUAGUGACAUAACAUUUUGUCAAUGUUUUAAUUGUGCCUUUACCAAAUAAAUGCAUUUAUUUACGUUUA